UUCAACAACCGCCGGCUAUCCAGCGUCUCUUCCAGGAGUGAUAGACGAGUUCUUCUGCUUGCUUGCUGCUGUUCUUGCCUGUCUGUCUUGUCAAGUUGCUCUGUUUGUUCUUUUGGAGAUGGCUCCCGGGGUAACUGGGUGUCUGGGUGAAGGUGAGUCUAGCGGGAGAGAGGGAGUAGAGCUCCGGCGAGCUUGGAGACGGCGAGACUGACGGCGAGCAGAUGGCAUACACGUCGACAUGGAGCAUCUCAAGAAGGGAGAAGUCAAGUAAGUCGAGAUAUCCCUUUGGAAGUGAAUCAAGCUGACCGGUCAGUCUGGGUACAUCGAUGUAAGCACCGAUACACCUAUAUAUAUACAUUGGGAUAUAUAUAUACAAAACCACGGGACUAAUGAGGCAGAAUGGCCAUCAACUUCAAGGAUGGGGUGAUCCUGGGCGCGGACUCACGCACGACGACGGGCGCGUAUAUUGCCAACCGGGUGACGGACAAGCUGACGCAGGUGCACGACACGAUCUGGUGCUGCCGCUCUGGCUCGGCGGCGGACACGCAGGCGGUGGCAGACAUCGUCAAGUACCAUCUGGGCAUGUACGGGGUGGUCUAUGGACGGCAGCCAACCACGCAGACGGCCGCUGCUCUCUUCCAGGAGCUCUGCUACGACAAUAAGGAUGCUCUCAGUGCCGGCAUAAUAAUCGCAGGCUACGACGAACGGCACGGCGGACAGGUGUAUAGCAUCCCUCUGGGCGGCUCGCUGCACAAGCAGCCGUAUGCCAUCGGGGGCUCGGGCUCGACGUACAUCUACGGCUACUGCGACGCGAACUGGCGGGAGAACAUGGACGAGGCGGAGGGAGUGGAAUUCGUCAAGAACUCGCUGCGGGAGGCGAUCAAAUGGGACGGCAGCUCGGGGGGCGUCAUCCGCAUGGUCGUGUUGACGAGACGGGGCGCUGUGCGGCAUCUCUACCUGCCUGACAACGGCUACACGGGGCCAGGCUCGUCCCAAGUAUCUUAGCUGUCAAUCGACUCCUACACAUGCUAUCAAUGGAGCUUCAGCUCGAUGUUGCUAUCAAAUGCCAGCUAGCAAAGUAAAUGCGGGCUAGCAUGGAUCGCUGCCCGCCGUAAGCAGGGAACGGAACAGCCAGCGAACCACUCACUGGCGCGCCAAAAGCCCACGUUCGCAGCAGGAUUCUCACCUCUUAAUCUUCUUCUUCUUCU